GCCGCUCCGAUGCUCUUCCCUAUGUACACCGUAGCUGCAGAUGUGCUGCUGAAGAUGACGAGGGUCGAGCCCCACGAGGUUUUGAAGGACAAAGGCGAGCUUGUCGUCUUCAGCGACGACUUGGGCAAGGCAGCGUUCGUUUCACACCAGUGGCUAUCCACGGACCACCCGGAUCCCGAUUUCAAGCAGAUGCAUACCUUACAGAAUGCUUUGAAGCGCAUCCUGAACAGCUCCGGAUCUCUUUCGUUGGACUUUAUUACGGAAGCCGUGGUGCAAACGGCUAAGCCUGUUCCCAUGCGGGAGUUCCAGGUGCAGACAUUGUAUUUCUGGUACGACUAUUUCUCAUGCCCACAGCUGGAACGUCAAGGUAAAGAGUCCGACGAGGCGACAUUCCUCCCCCAAGCCAUCAGCAGCAUACCGGGCUAUGUAAGUGUGUGCGAAUUCUUUUUCGCCCUCUGUCCGGUGCUCGAGUCCCCCUGCCAGGGCAAGGUGCUAACAGCAGCGACCUGGAGCAGUAGGGGGUGGUGUCGCCUAGAACGAGCGGCGCGCGAGCUGUCGGCAAACAGCACCUGGAUUCUGAUUCAGAGCGAUGCCUCCAUGGAGGUUGUUGGCGGCACAGCGCUGUCCUUUCCGAGCGGCAGCGUUGGGGAAGGCGACUUCGGAGUCCUGGAGGAUCGGCAAAAGCUUGCUCCGGUGAUGCGGCAAAUCCUGGUGAACAAGUUGCAUCAUUGCCUCCGAGUGGGCGACUUGCCCGGGUUCCGGCGCCACUUCAACCUCCAGAAGGUUCAUCUAAGGGGGCUGGUGAUCGAGCCAGUGGUCGGCCUGCUUCCCGACUGCGAGGCCCCUGGUGGUGAUAGAGUGGUGGAGUUCCUGCACCAGAACGGUUUGAGGAAGUUUGGUGAACCCGAUAGCGCGGGGUGGUGGCCUCUGCACUAUGCAGCUUUGGCCGGCAGUGUCGAGGUACUGAGAGGGCUGCUGGAGAAACGUGCUAGUGUUAACCGCCGCACGUCGAAGGAUGAGCCGAUGCAGGGCUUCCCACGUUGGGUGUCGGCUUUGGAUCUGGCGGUCUUCUACAAGCACCACGAGGCCACACAGCUGCUUCUGGCAGUGAGAGCUGACGUCCAGGGAGGAGUUUCGCCAGCCGCCUUCCUGGCGGCCACUUCGGACAAUGCGGAAGGUAUCCGGCUCCUGUGUGCAGCAGGUGCCAAGCCUCUGGCCCGGAACAUGAUUGGUCCUACUGUUUUGCAGUGUGCAGCAGGUAACGGAGCCGCGGCAGCUUUGGAGGAGCUGUUGGUGCAGGGUCGCCCAUGCUCGCUGGAUCUUUCUCGAGCACUCUUCGAUGCUGCACUCUUCCGGGGUGGCUCGGCAGAGCUGGUGCAGCGGUUGAUUUGCCUUCGUGCCGACAUGGACUUUCAGCUGAAUGUGGCGCGCGACUUCAGGGCACUGGGGCGGCUGGGCGUGGCGGGCAAAUCCUUGCAGCACCGGCUCGGACGGGCUACGGUUCUGACGGCGGUAGCCUAUCACUUGCAGAGCAGCACGCCGCUGAUGCAGGCCAUCAGGUCGGCUCAAUUCGAGGCCACCGCGGCUCUGAUCGCGGCCGGCGCCAGAGUAGACCUGCGGAAUUCCAGGAAUUGGACCGCGGCAGACUUUGCCCGUCGCCAGUCGAUCCCACGUUUUCUGCAGAUGGGCCUCAACGGAGACCCGUCGGAGUGCCGAAGGGUGUGUUCCCUCGCAACGCUCGACCGACCUCCCUGA